AUGGCCGAAGGCAUUGAGCACGGCGUGUUCCGACGCAACAACACACUGCCCCCAGCGAACAAUGGAGUCAUGUCUCUCUUCUCCCUGAUCGGCAAGACGGCAAUCAUCUCAGGUGCGGGGGGAGGCAUUGGCCUGGCGGCGGCAAGAGCCUUUGCUGAAGCCGGGGCCAAUGUCGCCAUUUGGUACAACAGAAACAGCGAGGCUAUCGAGAAGGCGGCAACUAUUGAGAGACUAUACAACGUCAAAUGUAGAGCGUACAAAGUCGAUGUCACAUCUCAUGAGGAAGUCGACGCAGCGGUAGACAAAGUCAUUGGCGAAUUCAAUGGUCGCCUUGACAUCUUCGUCGCCAAUUCGGGCACCUCCUGGGGAGAUGAGGCUUUCAUCGAUGCAGAUAUCGGCAGAUAUCAUAAUCUAAUGAAGAUCAACACCGAUGGUGUCGUUUACUGCGCGCGCGCCGCUGGAAGACACUUUCGCCGACAGAAGCUGCAAGGCACAACGUCCGACGGAGCGAAGUUGACCAAUUUCACAAGCGGCAGCUUUAUUGCAACCGCAAGUAUGUCUGGACAUAUCGUGAAUAUUCCCCGGCGCCAGGCGGCGUACAAUGCCUCCAAGGCGCAUGUUAUCCAGCUGUGUAAGUGCAAAUCCCUUGCUAUUGAAUGGCUCGGGUUUGCCCGUGUGAACAGCGUCUCCCCUGGAUUUGUCAAAAGAUUACUCUUUGUCAACACCGGCCUGUCGGGGGCGGUAGCUGAAGAGACGAUGAAUUCGAUCAAAGAUAAGAUUCCAAUGGGGCGCUUUGCGGAGACGGUCGAGAUGCAGGGCAUCUACCUCUACUUGGCCUCCGAUGCUUCUUCCUACGCGACUGGGGCUGACUUCAUCGUAGAUGGCGGCUAUACAGCUCCAUAG